CUUGCUGGUGGUUUCCUCCGGCCGCCGGAAGUCCCGCCCUCGCUUCCAACGCGAGGCUCCGCCCCGGGAAACUUUGGCUGGGGCGCGAAGGACCCAGGAGACCAUGAGCACCUCCAGGCUUUAUACCCUUGUGUUAGUGCUACAGCCUCAGCGAGUUCUCCUGGGCAUGAAGAAGAGGGGCUUUGGUGCUGGCCGCUGGAAUGGCUUCGGGGGCAAGGUGCAGGAAGGAGAGACCAUUGAGGAUGGGGCUAAGAGGGAGCUGCUGGAAGAAAGUGGUCUAAGAGUGGAUACACUGCACAAGGUAGGCCACAUCUCAUUUGAAUUUGUGGGCUCUCCUGAGCUGAUGGACGUGCAUAUCUUCUCUACUGACCACGUGCACGGGACGCCCACAGAGAGUGAAGAAAUGCGCCCUCAGUGGUUCCAACUGGACCAGAUCCCCUUUUCCGACAUGUGGCCGGAUGACAGCUACUGGUUCCCACUCCUGCUUCAGAAGAAGAAGUUCUGUGGGCACUUCAAGUUCCAAGAUCAGGACACAAUCCUCGGUUACUCGCUGCAAGAGGUAGAUUCAUUCUAAUACAGAAGUCUGGCUGGUUCUGGCCACUCAGGAUGCUACGCAGCUGCAAGCUGUCAGACCAAGGGCACAAGCAGGGGCUGGUAUUUUCUGUUUGUGAGGUGUUGGGGUUGAAAUGUGAAAUGUCACCAAUACACCAAUAUGUUUGAAUUCUUCGUCCCCACAUACUGGUCCUGUUUUAGAAGGUUGUGGCACCUUUAAGAGCCAGAGCCCUGCUGGUGGAACUGAGUCACUGAGUCAGAGAAUGGAGGAUGGGCCUUGCUUUAUAGGUGAGCACCACUUACUGUCUGCUCACACUCCGGCUACUGCGUCAGAUCUUCCACAAUGGACUGUGUCCCCAGAUGGAUGAGCCAAAAUAAACCGUUGCUCCUCUAA